ACGAGCGCCCCACUGCAGAGGAGAUGGACGAGCAGAGGAGGCAGCACGUCGCCUACCAGUACCUGUGUCACUUGGAGGAAGCCAAGCGCUGGAUGGAGGCUUGCCUGAGCGAGGAGCUGCCCCCCCCGACAGAGCUGGAAGAGAGCCUCCGCAAUGGGGUUAUCCUGGCCAAGCUGGGCCACUGCUUUGCCCCUGCCGUGGUCCCUCUGAAGAAGAUCUACGACCGUGAGCAGACGCGGUACAAGGCAGCUGGGCUUCACUUUCGGCACACGGACAACAUAAACUACUGGCGCGAUGCCAUGAGCCACGUGGGACUUCCCUUGAUCUUCCACCCGGAGACCACCGACAUCUACGACAAGAAGAACAUGCCCCGGGUUGUCUACUGCAUCCAUGCGCUCAGCUUGUACCUCUUCAAGCUGGGGAUGGCUCCGCAGAUCCAGGACUUGUAUGGGAAAGUGGACUUCACUGAGGAGGAGAUCGACAACAUGAAGCGAGAGCUGGAGAAGUACGGCCUGCAGCUGCCCGCCUUCAGCAAGAUCGGGGGCAUUUUGGCCAACGAGCUCUCGGUGGACGAAGCAGCAGUCCAUGCCGCGGUGCUGGCGAUCAAUGAAGCGGUGGACCGGGGGGUGGUGGCUCAGACGAUGGCGGCUCUCCACAACCCCAGCGCGAUGCUUCUCGACCUGCGUGAGGUGCUGGCUGGUGCCUACCAGGAGGUGCUCCACCAGGCAAAGCUGGAGAAGGGCAGCAAUGCCAGGAACAGGGUGAUCCCCGAGGGAGAGGACAUCUACGAUCGCUGUCUGACCCAGGCUGAAAUCCAAGGGAACAUCAACAAAGUGAACGUGCACGGAGCUCUGGAGGAGGUGGACGAUGCCCUGGAGAGACAGGAAGCGCCGGCACUGUACCGUGCGCUGCAGGACCCCGUCCUGGCCCUGCACUGCCUCCACCAGGACAACAUCCACCACUACCUGGAGCAGCUCAGCAUGGACCGGGAACAGAAGGCACUGGUAGGGACGGGCGGGAGCCUGCGGGUGUGGGUGCUGCAGGCCAUCAGCCGCAUCAACGCAACCAUCCGUCGAGGGAUGCCGGCCAAAACGUUGGAAGCGCUGGUGGACCCUGCGGCGCGGCUGCCUGACGUGUACCCACCUGCCGCCCCCCUGUACCAGCACCAGCUGGCCCUGCUGCAGUGCCAGCACCCACGGGGGGAGCUGGUGCAGGAGGAGCUGUUUGUGGCUGUGGAGAUGCUUUCGGCCGUGGCGCUGGUUAAUCAAGCCUUGGACGCCGGGGACCCCGAUGGGCUCUGGAGCAGCCUGGUCAGCCCUGACCUGGGCCUCUCGGGUGUCGAGGAUGCAAAUGCGCAGCGGUAUUUCGAGGACUUGCUGCAGCUGAAAGGCCAACCUAGGGAAGUAGGAGCGGAGUUCCUGAGCUGGAAUGACAUUCAGGACAGUGUGACCAACACCAACUCAUCAGUGCAAGAUGAAAACAACCGAGUCCUUGCUGUCAGGCUGAUCAACGAGGCGCUGGUGCAGGCGGACCCUGAGAAGACGCUGGCGGCAUUGCUGCUACCGGCAGCCGCCCUGCCCGACGUCACCCUCCCGACCGCUUGGCGCUACCAUGAUGUCCUGGCCCGGGCACGAAGGCAGAAAGCCCAGGCCACAGAGGACGAUGGAGCUGUGCUUUGGUGGGAAGAGAUCCAGGAAGGGGUCUGUAGGGCCAACCAAGAUACGGUGGCAGCCAGGAGGA